UAAUUAAUGUGCGCCACAAUUUCAAACGGUACGACGGCGUAGUCGAGCAGAAAUAGAAGAGGAAAAUAUCGUUGACGAAGGAGUUUGUGUAUACUCUGACGCCUAUGUAACGCUUGCAUCUUUGUUGCUAUACUCGACAGGAGUUUUAGCCUUCGAUAUGUCUCUGGCAGAUGAGCUCCUGGCUGACCUGGAGGAGGCUGGAGAUGAAGGGGAGGACGGGCUGUAUACAGAAGGAGAGGAGGGGGACAGUGAUGGAGAGCUCGCCCAGGGUAGGACAGAUGGAGGACUGGAAGAUAUCCCAGAGGAGAUGGAAGUGGACUACAGUAAAGCUGAAAGCGUUGCAGCCAUUGCCAAGCUCCGCAAUAGUAAACAGUUUUCAGAGAUCAUGGACAAGAUUUCAGGAUAUAUUGGAAAGCAGCGCAAAAAUUCGGAUGUUUCAGGCCCAGUGGAGGCUGACCCAGAAUACAGACUGAUUGUAGCAGCCAAUAACCUCACAGUAGAGAUUGACAAUGAACUCAAUAUUAUUCACAAGUUUACCCGGGAUAAGUACUCAAAGAGGUUUCCAGAGCUUGAGUCACUGGUUCCAGAUUCUCUAGACUACAUUCGCACUGUGAAAGAACUAGGAAACAAUCUUGACAAGUGCAAGAAUAAUGAAACUCUACAGCAAAUCCUCACGAAUGCCACCAUCAUGGUUGUCAGCGUCACAGCCUCCACCACACAGGGGUCAUUGCUCAGUGAUGAUGAACUGAAGCAGCUGGAGGAGGCGUGUGACAUGGCCUUAGAGCUGAACCAGUCUAAACAUCGGAUAUAUGAAUAUGUAGAGUCCAGAAUGUCUUUUAUUGCUCCUAAUCUGUCCAUCAUUGUCGGAGCGUCGACGGCUGCCAAGAUAAUGGGUAUUGCUGGAGGCCUCACCAACCUGUCCAAGAUGCCUGCCUGUAACCUGAUGCUGCUCGGGGCUCAGAGGAGAACACUGUCUGGAUUCAGCAGCACGUCCCUGCUUCCCCACACUGGCUUCAUCUAUCACUGCGAUGUAGUGCAGUCGCUGCCCCCUGACCUCAGGAGGAAAGCGGCUCGCCUGGUUUCUGCUAAGUGCACACUGGCUGCCCGAGUGGACAGUUUCCAUGAGAGUUCCGAUGGAAAGUUUGGCUAUGAUCUAAAAGAAGAGAUCGAAAGGAAGUUUGAUAAAUGGCAGGAGCCUCCGCCAGUGAAGCAAGUCAAACCACUGCCGGCUCCGCUGGAUGGACAGAGGAAGAAGAGAGGAGGAAGGAGGUAUCGCAAGAUGAAGGAGCGUCUUGGACUCACUGAGAUCAGGAAACAUGCCAACAGGAUGACCUUCGCAGAGAUUGAAGAUGAUGCGUACCAGGAGGACCUGGGCUUUAGUUUGGGUCAGCUGGGGAAGAGUGGCAGCGGGCGUGUCAGGCAGGCUCAGGUCAACGAGGCCACCAAAGCCAGGAUCUCUAAAUCUCUCCAGAGGACUUUACAGAAGCAGAGCAUGACGUACGGGGGCAAGUCCACCGUCAGAGACCGCUCCUCGGGAACCAGCUCCAGUGUGGCCUUCACUCCUCUACAGGGGUUGGAGAUUGUAAACCCACAGGCUGCAGAGAAAAAAGUGGCUGAAGCCAACCAGAAAUAUUUCUCUAACAUGGCAGAGUUCCUCAAAGUCAAAAAGGAAGCAAAGAUGUGAGCAGCUCACAUUUGUCAUACUUUCAGGGUUGUAGUUUUUUUUUUUUUUUUUUUUUCCUUUUCUCAUUUUAAUAAAGCAUGAUGUACUUGUUUCAU